AUGAACUAGCAUAGAACCAAGUUCAAGUGACCUGCCACAAGAGACCUAUUUUCAAACACCUCUUGUCAAUAAGAUACGAUACCAUUGUAAAUAUGGACAUUGGUAUAUUUCAAAAGACUGUCCGAAGUUCAAAGUUGCGGUAAUUGUAAUACACACACUCGCUCAAUGUACUCAUUCACACGCUCGGUUCGAGAAAAGCAGUCUGAAACUAAGUUCCUAUUUAAAGCAACACUUAUAUUUUGUAAACUACAUCAGUGAACGCCUACAAAUCACAAAUGGAGCUAACAUUGUCAUCCGUUGUUGUAAUGGUGGUAUUUUGCAUUGGAUUCUACACUCCGUCGUCGUUUGCCAUCGAUGAUGGAUCGGUCGGACAACGUCCCGCGGUUCGUACGAUGAAGGCGACUAUACGAGGCGAGCGAAUCAGCAUACAGCAUCGACAACUCGGCAAUGAUUUUCAUCGGAGCGUAGCCGUGUAUAAGAAUAUUCCUUUCGCCGAGCCACCGAUCGGGGAUCUUCGGUAUGCCGAACCAGUUCCGAAGACCUUGGAUGGAGAAUUCGAUGCGACGGGCGACUGUUUACUCUGUCUUCAGGCUAAGAAUCCGAUAAUGUUUGACGAUAGCGAGCCACUCAAUUUCUCGGAGGAUUGUCUUUACCUGGACGUCCUUGUGCCUGAGCCCAAGCCCAAAGCCGCUGCUGUGAUGGUAUGGAUCCAUGGUGGAGGGUAUCACUUUGGGACAAAGAACUUUCAAAAGAGCAACGCCAUGGCCUUGGUGGCUGUCGAAGAUGUUAUCGUCGUCUCCAUCAACUACCGUCUCGGUAUUCUAGGGUUUCUCUCUACUGAGGAUGGUGCUAUACCAGGGAACCUCGGACUUCUCGAUCAACGUUUAGGGCUCUUAUGGGUAAAGGAAAACAUCGCAGCAUUUGGCGGUGAUCCGGAUCGGGUGACUAUUUUUGGUGAGAGUGCUGGAUCUGGAAGCGUCAACUCUCAUCUUCUCUCACCGAUGAGUGCUGGCCUUUUCUCAGGUGCAAUCAUGCAGAGUGGAGCCAUGUCACCAACAUGGACUUUCAAGACACGGCAGAAGAAUGCUGAACUAACCUUCGCACUGGGAGAAGCGAUGGGAUGUGAGACCAAAAGUUCAACCGAGCUACUCACCUGUCUUAGAGGCAAAACAAAAGAAGAUAUCGACGCAAUCCAUGAAACAGGAACCACAUCAGUACUCUGCAUGGUAGCUCCCGUCGCUGAUGGCCACUUUCUCCCUCUAGACCCGAUGCAAGCUCAGGAGGAAGGAUCUUUUAACCCAUCCAAUGUUAUGAUCGGUAGCCUAGGACACGAAGGCAAUAUCUUCGCUAUACCGCUUAUGGUGGGCAUGGAGGGAUAUGAGAAGCUGUCUGUUAACAGGACAACGUUUGACACCUUUACGUCCAUGUUUACUCAGAUGACAGACCCGUUAGCAUUAGAACUCAUCAAGUUGACCUACUUAUCACCAGAGCAGCUGACAUCGGGUGAUCCUGAAGAAAACCUAAUAGACCCAAUGGCCCAGUUCUUAGGAGACCGGAUCCUUCUCUGUCCUACCUUCAGCACCGCCCAGCAGCUAGCCGCGGCAGGGGUACAGGUCUACACCUACCUCAUGACGCAUUCGCCUGCUUACUCGAUCUGGGGCAGCAAGUAUACAUGGCUUGAAGACACACAUGGUGAAGACAUCCCGUAUGUUUUUGGUUCGGCGUUCCUUGCCCAAGAUGGCGACGACGAGGAGUGGUUUAUGCGAGGUCGUCUUGCCGAUGACGAAGUGGUGAUUGCAAGACGAAUCAUGCAGUACUGGGCGAACUUUGCCAAGACAGGAAAUCCUAACCUUGGUUCCACUGAAGGAGACCAGGAACCUGAUCAACAGUUCCCAUCUUGGCCCCAGUUCACAAGUGAGACAAAGACCUAUAAGGAUCUAUCCAAGAACAUGGAAAAUCUUUCAGGGACGAUGCCGAACGCCAGGGAAUGUUACUUUGUUGAACACCUGUUCCCCAAGCUAAUAGAACAUGCAGGUUAGUUCUACUCUCAAGAAUUGAUUUAGAAUAAUGGCCGGCACACGAGACCGGCAUUUUCCAUCU